AUGCCCAGCACUUCAACUGUCGAUCCGAACUUAGAUAACAUACCAACGUCACAUUAUAAACGCUGGAAACUCAUUUCGGAACUCCACACACACUUUUGGAAACGUUGGAAAAACGAAUAUCUACAGACUCUCCAGCUUCGAUCAAAAUGGUCAACCGGUCAAAAGAACCUAACGGUCGAUUCAUUGGUCCUUAUUCGAGAACCAACUCCUCCGUUGUGCUGGAAGCUUGGCCGGAUCACAGAAGUACAUCCAGGACUAGAUGGUGUCGUCAGGGUAGCCACCGUCAAGACUGCAACCGGGCUUCUCAAACGUCCAACAGUCAAACUCUGUCCUUUGCCAAUAUGUUGA